AUGGCACAAUGUUCUGCGCUCUGCCCCGUGACUGAGUCGACGUGCCAGGGGGACGCCCUGAAGCAUGUUGGCUCGACAUCGGGGGGUGACGGCAUCCCGGUGGUUACUCGAUCCAUCCGACCCUUCCACGGCAUGUCGUUCGGUAAGGGCCAAUUGACAGACGGCGUCAUGCUUCUGCCGCUGGCUAAGACCGUUCGUCAACGCCAAUUCGUCCUUGCCCUGCUGGCCACACAACACGUCGAACAGCCACUGAUCCCCGAAGUCCGUUUCAACCUGGACGACACGACGGAUGCUAACGCAGUGCUCGACUACCGCUUUGACGUCGUGGGCAUCCGCAAACUCGGCUACUACCUCGGCCUACCAGCGGUGGUGGUUGCACGGGAUGUCCAAAACAUUUGGACGAUCCCGCUCGUCUAUUUGUGA